AUGGAAUUCCCAGAGGACUAUCUAUGGAUGGUGAUCGUUGGUUUUAUCAUCGCCUUUAUUCUGUCAUUCGGAAUCGGAGCUAACGAUGUUGCCAACUCCUUCGGGACCUCUGUUGGUUCGCGAGUGUUGACUCUGCGACAAGCCUGCAUACUUGGAACAAUAUUUGAAAUGUUAGGAGCCAUUCUCAUCGGUUACAGAGUAUCGGACACAAUCCGGAAAGGCAUAAUUGAUGUAGAAAUGUACAAUAAUGGCUCUGAGAAGGUUCUCACGGUGGGGAACAUCGCUACACUUACAGGGUCUUGUGUUUGGCUGAUAUCUGCUACAAUUAUGCGUCUUCCUGUCUCAACAACGCACAGUAUUGUUGGCGCAGCGAUCGGAUUUUCCCUGGUGGCGAGAGGGACAGCGGGAAUCAAAUGGAUCAAAAUCGGAUUCAUAGUGGGAUCCUGGUUUUUCUCGCCAAUUCUCUCCGGUGCCGUGUCUGUAUUAACAUUCAUGUGCGUCAAUAAAAUUGUAUUGCAGAAGGACAAAGCCCUGGAAUCUGGUCUUAAGUUGUUGCCAAUCUUUUACGGUCUUACAGCUGCCAUAAAUCUAUUUUCCAUUUUCUACGAAGGUUCCACUUUGCUCCAUUUCGACAAAAUCCCGUUGUACGGUGUGUUUAUAAUCACCUUCGGAAUCUCCAUCAUAGUGGCGAUCGGAGUAAGGUAUCUCCUUGUACCUUGGUAUCGGAAGAAAAUUUCAGAUGAUUGUAGAGAACGUAUUCGGAAGUUUGAAGAAGAAGGGAAAAUCGACGAUGACAAUGCUACGGAACUUGAACAAUUCAACGUUACCGAAGAUGUCCCUGAGAUUGAGGAUAACUCCGAGGAAACACGAGUAAAAACCAGAGAAAAUAUUACCGACAAGCCGGAAGUUGCCAAGCUCUUCUCCUUCCUCCAGAUACUUACAGCAGUUUUUGGAGCAUUCGCGCAUGGCGGAAAUGACGUCAGUAACUCCAUCGGCCCAUUGAUUGCGAUAUGGUUGAUAGCAAAGGAGGGAACUGCCCUACAAACAGCAGCUACGCCAAUAUGGAUAUUGGUAUAUGGAGGAGUAGGGAUGGUCAUCGGACUGUGGGUUUGGGGACGACGGGUCAUUAAAACGGUUGGGGAUGACCUCACCAAAAUAACGCCGUCGAGUGGGUUCUGUAUAGAGCUUGGAUCAGCCUUGACAGUUCUCGUAGCCUCAAACAUAGGUCUUCCCGUCAGUACGACACAUUGCAAGAUUGGAUCAGUUGUAUUCGUCGGCAGGGUGCGCUCAAAGGCAAACGUCGACUGGGCGUUAUUCAGGAACAUUAUCAUCGCAUGGGUGGUAACCCUUCCGAUCAGUGGUGCCAUAAGCGCGUUGGCCAUGUUUGGAUUACAGAAACUAAUAUAA